AUGAGGCUGUCCGCCAGCUUCGUCGUCCCCUCUCUGCUCGGCCUGGCCGCUGCAGCAGCUCCCCAGCCCCGCAUCUUCGUCCGCGACUUCGGCACGCCCACACGCCCCAACACCCAAUCGACUCCCACUCUGAGCCCCGACACCGCCCGCCUGGUGUUCGCCCAGAGGUUGGGUCUCUCGCAGUACCACAGCCUCAAGCAUGCCGACGACGACACCAUCCAGCACAUCAACGACUUUGGCAGCCCGCGACACCAGCUGCUUGAUGACGACGAGCUUGAGCCCAAGCAGUUCAUGGUCGUCGUCGAGGGCGUAAAGGACACCGCAGUUCUGGAUUCCACGUCCUUCUUUCUCUCUGAAAUUCCCAGCGUCGAUGCCACCUCUCGUUUGCUUGAGGACUUCACGCUCCAGGCCGAGCGUCUUUCCUUGUCUCCCAUGGACCGCAGCGUGGACCCCCUUCCCGAGCCAAUCAAGGACGUUCUGGCCAAGAUUCCUGAGGAUAUCGAGCCCAGGCUCUUCGGUGAUGUCCUCAUCCUCCACAUCCGCAACGAGGAUGAGAACGACUAUUCGUCGACCAUUCGCGAGCUGGUCAAACUGGUCUCCGGGAGGUGGGCCCUCACCGUCGCCAUGAUGCCGCCUUCCUCCAGCAACUUCCUCAAGCGCUCGCCGAGCACCUGGGGCCAGUACGAUGUGCCCAAGCGCUCCGCCACGGCCGAUCGCAAGCGUCCCGAGGCCAUCCUCUCCGAGGCCCAAGAAAGCGACUUCUACGAGCGCGUCAACAAGACGACGGUCCCGAAGAAGGCGCCCACGAGCCCCAACAACGCCACCGUCAGGGGCAUCCUGCCCGCCUGCUUCCCGUCCAAGGACUCGUGCGAGUCGUCGACCAAGGCCUGCAGCGGCCGCGGCCAGUGCAUCAAGAAGUACAUGGACACGGACAACAACAAGGCCUGCUACACGUGCCGCUGCGAGGCCCAGGUCCGCACCAACAAGGACGGCAGCAAGAAGACGACCUACUACGGCGGCCCCGCUUGCCAGAAGAAGGACGUCGUCAUGCCCUUCUGGCUGUUCACCGGCUUCGCCGUCGCCAUGGCGUUCAUGCUCAGCUACGGCAUCGGCUUGCUCUACACCAUGGGCAAUGAGGAGCUCCCCAGCGUCAUUGGCGCCGGUGUCUCCGGCCCUUCGGCGAGACGCUAA